UCAGCUUCUCUGUACUUGCGCGAGCAGAAGGAUUGUAUGGUACAUGAAAAUGGAAAAAAUCUCUCUCAUAAUCACCGCUGGUCUUCUAGGAUCUCUUCUCAGUGCCGAAUGUACAGUUUUUAUCAAAAACGAACAAGCAAGCUCCAUUUUGCACAGGCAGAAGAGGUACAAUUCAAAUAGACUGGAAGAGUUCGUGGCAGGGAACCUCGAGAGAGAAUGUAUAGAAGAAAAAUGCAGCUUUGAAGAAGCGCGAGAAGUCUUUGAAAACACGGAAAAAACAAUGGAGUUUUGGAAAGGAUAUAUUGAUGGAGACCAGUGUAAUCCAAAUCCAUGUAAAAAUGGAGCCCGUUGCGCAGAUGAUAUUGGCUCCUACGUGUGCUGGUGCCUGGCCGGAUACGAAGGGAGGAACUGUGAGCUAGAUUCAACCUGUGCUACUAAGAACGGAGGGUGCAAGCAUUUUUGCAGAAACGACCCAUCCCACAAAGUUGUUUGCUCCUGUGCACCUGGCUAUAAACUGAACGCAGAUGGAAAAUCCUGUGACCCUGCAGUGCCAUUUCCAUGUGGGAGGAUUACAGCUCCAGAAGCCAAAAGCAAGUUCACCCGAGCCAUGAACACCUUUGCUGGGUGGUAUUCAAAUUCUUCCAGUGAUCCAGAUGAAGCACCAGACAAUAUCACUAAAAUCACCCCCAUCAUUAAGACAGUUACACGUGUUGUUGGUGGAGUGGAAAGCAAGAAGGGUGAAGUUCCUUGGCAGGUUCAUUUGGAGAAUAGUGACGGAGUAGGAUUCUGCGGGGGGUCUAUUGUCAAUGAAAAAUGGAUAGUAACAGCAGCGCACUGCCUUGUGCUUGGCGGACAGAUUACUGUGGUGGCAGGUGAACACAACACGGAAGUCAAUGAUGGUAUCGAGCAAUAUCGCCAAGUGGUGAAUAUCUUUCCUCAUCCCACCUAUAACGCCAGCCAAAACAAGCACCACAAUGACAUAGCACUGCUAGAGCUUGAGACCCCACUGGAGCUCAACAGUUAUGUCACACCCAUUUGCAUUGCCAGCAAGGAAUUCACCAACAGCCUCCUCAAAUAUGGGACUGGCACCGUGAGUGGCUGGGGGAGUCAGCUGUUCCGGGGAAGGGAGGCCACCAUCCUACAGGUUCUGAAAGUUCCAUUCGUUGACCGCGGAACAUGUCUGAGGAGCACCACGUUUUCCAUCUUACCGAAUAUGUUCUGCGCAGGUUAUCAUUCAGAGGCGAAAGAUACAUGUGAAGGGGACAGUGGGGGCCCUCACACUACAGAAAUAGAAGGCACCUGGUUUCUAACUGGAAUAACCAGUUGGGGGGAGGAGUGUGCACUGGAAGGCAAAUAUGGUGUCUACACCAGAGUAUCAAAGUACAGCAAGUGGAUAAAAGACAGAACAAGUCUUGCUUAAUUAAUGGAGAGCUAAGCAUUUCUUUCACUUUUCUGUGGCUUGCCUGAUGAGAAGAGGUUAGGAGAAUAUAAAACCACUAAUAUGUUUUUCUUAAAAUGUUGCUUUUUAGUAAACUCAGCAGAACCAUUUUUCUUUUAGGCUAAAAAUUUGCAUAGAGACUUCAGUGUGUAUGUGGUCAAAGGAAAAAAUAUUCAUUUAUUGUAAAUGGCCAAAUUCUGCUCUCAUUCAUGACCCCUGAGGUCAUGCUUGUGGCAGAGGACAGAAUUUAAGGUGAAGAACUACUAUGGGAUUUUGCCAUGGCUGAAACAAUUUCACAUUACCCUCUCUGCCAACAGUUUUCAGGAUCUGGAGCUUUUUAUGUGAACCAGUACAAGUGUUGUCUGUGAUCAGAAGGAAAUUCUUGCAUGAGAUUCAUUAAUGUGUAACACUGGUUCUCAUGAGUGUAAAAUAACUUGAAAGUACUGACCUAUUAAACUCAUGUGAAAGUA